AUGAGCAAUAAAUUCAAGAACUUCCUUCAAAACGUUUUAAAGCUCUUCACUUCCAACCCAAACAGAGGGCAAACGGAAGAGGACUUGGAGGAAAUUGCAGCGCGAGAACAGAAGCAGUUCCCUUUUGAAAUCCUUAAAGCUGCAACCAAGGAUUUUCACCCCACAAACAAGCUUGGUCAAGGUGGAUUUGGCCCCGUUUUCAGGGGAAAAUUGAGUGAUGGGAGAGAAAUAGCUGUGAAGAUGCUAGCACAUGGCUCAACUCAGGGUAAGAGAGAGUUUCAGAUGGAAGCGAAGUUGUUGACGCGAAUGCAGCAUAGAAAUGUGGUAAAUUUGUUGGGAUACUGUGUGCAUGAUGCAGAGAAGCUGCUUGUUUACGAGUAUGUGGCUAACGAGAGCCUUGACAAGCUUCUAUUUAAUUCUGGUAGUCAGCAAGUGCUUGAUUGGAAACAAAGACAUGACAUAAUAACUGGCAUAGCAAAGGGCUUGCUUUACCUUCACGAAGGCGCUCAUACUUGUGUCAUACACCGUGACAUCAAGGCCAGCAAUAUCCUGCUUGACGAUAAAUGGGUUCCCAAGAUUGCUGAUUUUGGCAUGGCUCGUCUCUUUCCUGAAGAUCAAUCACAUGUUAACACUCGUGUAGCUGGUACCAAUGGCUACAUAGCACCAGAGUAUCUCAUGCAUGGUGAACUUUCUGUGAAAGCAGACGUGUUCAGCUUUGGGGUUUUGGUUUUGGAGCUGAUAAGCGGAGAGAAGAAUUUAACUUUUAAUCAUGAUCCUAACUCACGGGACUUACUUGAAUGGGUAUACAGGCUUUACAAGCAAGGUAGAAGCUUGGAUCUGGCAGAUCACACUUUGGCACCCUCAGCAAUUCCUGAAGAGAUAGCAAUGCUCAUACAGCUUGGGCUGCUUUGUACCCAAGCUGAUCCAGCAUCACGUCCCAAUAUGCACGAGGUGGUGGUAAUACUGUCGAGGAAGCCAAGCACUCUCAAAGAACCAAAAAGACCUGGAUUCCCAGGUUCCAGAUAUAGGACUCCGAGGCCAUUACCCUCGACCUCUAGAACUUCAGGAGAAUACAGUUCUCAUUCUUCUGGUUCCACGACCAAUACAAACAGUGUCACUUCUUCUGCUACUGCAAGUACAUGGAGCCUCAACAGUCCCAAAUUAGAUCCUCAUGGAAAACGUCCUAUGUAA